ACAGUUUGUUGGGAGUUUUGACCUUUUCCUGCAGUCAGAACUGGUGUAACUGAGUCAGAUUUGUACGCUGCUUUGCUCAAAUACGUACUUUCAGAUAUUCCCACAAACUCUCCAUAUGACUGAGAUGAGGGCUUUGUGCUGACCUUGUUGUCCUUGAGUCAUUUUGCAACUAAUUUGGUUGUUCAAUUAGUGUUGCGUCCAUUUGGAAGACUUGCCCCCUCCCCCAAAAGCUUUAACUUCCUGGCUGAUAUUUCACCCAUUAUUUCAAUAUUUCCUCAUUAUCUUCUUUCCUUGUCAUGCCCUCUAAAGUGUGAAGUCCAAGUUGUCUCUUCUUCAGCAAACACCCCCACAACAUGAUGCUGCCACCCUCGUACUUGACAGUAGCAGAGGAUGUCCUCAGUCUUGCAAGUUUCCAGUUUUAGAUUCCUCUGCCCACACAACUUGUCUCCAAGCGUUAUAUUAUUAUAUCUAGAAUUGAACAUGCCAUUUAAGAAGAUGAUGUUGACACUAAAACAAAAGUAAAACAACUAGCAGCACAUUUCUCAAAACAGUCAACAGAAUCAAGGAUAUGGAAACAUUCAGUCAUUGUGAAAGUACACACUUCUCAUCAAGGGUGGAUUGAUGCCACUUUGGAAAUUCGGCUAACCGGCCCUCACGCAGGCGAGCUAACUAUAAAAGACGAGGACUCUCACAUGUUCUGUCACUUCAGCGCCUGGUUGAGUAUUUGACAAUGCUGCGGAAGGGUGUUACUGAGAGCUUUGGAGCUGCUAUCCAUGCCCUGGGUGCCUCUCAGCUGACAGAUGGUGUGAUUAACAGGAGCAAAAGGAUGAUGCUGGACACCCUGGGUGUUGGGCUGUUGGGAACCCGGACAGCUGUCUUCAACAAGGUUCUUAAGUACAGCCAGAUGCUCACAUCUGAGCACAGAAGCAGCAUUUGGGGAAGAUCAGACAGAACGCUGCCUCCUUGUUAUGCCGCGCUCGUCAACGGCAUCGCAGUUCACUCCAUGGACUUUGAUGACACUUGGCAUCCAGCGACUCAUCCUUCUGGAGCCGUUCUGCCGGCUCUGCUGGCCCUGGCCGAGACGCUGCCCAGCCGGCCUUCUGGUCUGGACUUGCUGCUGGCGUUCAACGUUGGCAUCGAGGUGCAAGGCAGGCUGAUGAGAUUCUCCAGGGAGGCUUACAAUAUCCCCGAAAGGUUCCACCCUCCCAGCAUAGUUGGAGUGAUGGGGAGCGCCGCGGCCUCCGCCAAACUCCUCGGCCUGUCUCCUUCUCAGUGCAGUCACGCACUGGCCAUCGCAGCCUCCUCUGCUGGGGCGCCUUUGGCCAAUGCCGCCACUCAAACCAAGCCCUUCCACAUAGGGAACGCAGCUCGGAGAGGCUUAGAAGCUGCCCGGCUGGCGCAGAUGGGACUGGAGGGAAACCCCUCCAUGUUGGACAUGGACGUCGGUUUGGGAGUUUACUACAAGGACUACAGCCCUUCCACGAUGCCAGACUGUGCCUCUGGUGCCUUCAGGUGGAUCCUGGAAGAUCAGGAUGUGGCAUUCAAGCGGAUCCCUGCUCACCUGGCCAUGCACUGGCUGGUGGACGCAGCUCAAGCGGCCCUUGGGAAGCUCCAAGAGGCGGCCUGGAACUUUGACCUCAGCCAGAUCCAAAGGGUCACCCUGAGAGUGCCUCCAUCCAAGUACAUUAACUGCCCCUUUCCCACCACGGAGCAUCAGGCCAGGCACUCCUUCCAGUUCAACGCCUGCUCGGCCCUGCUGGACGGCAAGGUGACGGUGGCUUCCUUCGACCCAGCUCAAAUUAACCGCCCCGCUCUGAAGGAGCUCCUUUCUAAGGUUGAGGUGAAGACGCCGGGGGACAACCAUCCCAGCUUCGACAAGAUGUACUGCGAGGUCCAGAUAGAGACGGCUCAGGGAGAAAGCUGCACAGCCAGAUGCAAUACCUUUUACGGCCACUGGAGGAAGCCGCUGAGUCAGGAGGACCUGGUGGAGAAGUUCAUAGUUAAUGCUUCGUCGGUAUUGUGCACGGAGGGAGUGGAGGGAGUGAUUGAUGUGAUUGGGAACAUUGAGAAGGUGCCGGAGUGCUCGGUCUUGGGCUCGUAUCUGAGAAUGACCAGCAACACACUCGAGCAGGUGUACAGCACAAGAAUGAUCUGAGUAAUUUAAAGGGACAGUGUUGUGCAAAAUAUACUCAACGUCAUGCUGUAGCGUUAUUCCCUCUUCAAAAGCAUACCUGAAGUGUUGCUUUGAUUUUUUUCAUGAAUGAUUGAGGAAUCCCUGUGGUCUAAACAAUCGCUGCCUUUUUUCACCCUGACCAACUCAGCUCCUUCAGACUAGACAGCAGCAAUUAGCAAACACCUGAACUGAGCAUCUACUGAGCUAAUAAAAGGAGUUACUAGCUAUAUGAUGAGAUGCUGGUAAAAACAUGAACAGAGGAAUGUUGUGAUGAUGCUAAAUGUGCUGGAAAGAGCAGGAGCUUCUUAAAGAGACAGAGGCUCGAUUUCAAGGCGCUAAAUUGCAAAGUCUAAUUUCUUUUAAGUCAUGCUUUAUAUAUACAUAAUCGUUUAGGUGAAGCUAUGAGUUACUUGGUUGUACCAUAAAAUGGCCUAGAAAACAUAACACUGUCUCUUUAAAAUAAUGUAUUCCAUAAUCUUGCAAGAAAAUGUAAAAUGUAAAUAUUUAUUUUCUGUUGCCGGAGUGAUUUGGGUGAAAUAAAUUGAACUGCAAAGCAAGUUUUCUUUAUUGAUCCUCAGAAAUUUAAUCAACAAUGACAGUGUUUGAAUACAAUGAAAUAAAUCCUUUUUUUUUUCCUUUUCUUUUUUUUUUUGGUGAACCAAAAAUUUCAAACAUGAUGACCAUGUCAGAACUAUCCCCAAAAAGCUAACAUUUCAAGAGUAUCUGUUUUUAAUCAAGUUUAAAUCUCCUUGUUAACUCAGCAGCUGUCUA